AUGCCAUUAUGGUUAGCAGCUUUUGAGGCAUGGGCAGUCGCACGACUCCUAAGAAGUCCUACCUUUCAUAGUGCAGUUCGCAACAUCCACAAGAGAGUCCACGAAGCUCGUCAUGGCAAGGACCCCUCCGAAAUGGGUGGUACCAAUAUCGAUGACCCGGAGAAAUCAAGUCGAUUUUUUAAAUACUUCAAGGACGAACUCAAAGAACAAUUCUGGGGCAGACCACCACCUCGAAAAUAA